AUGGCCAGCGAAAGUGCCGACGAUAUCAACGUUGGUGUCGCCGUCAGCACUGCUCUUCUCCUUCCGAAGGACUUGGAGCGAAAUGCUAAGCUCAGUGAGUAUGAGAAUUACGCUCUUAUGCUCCAACACUCCGUUCAGAGGGAGACGUCCUCUCUAAAGAAAGAGAUAAAGACCCUUGAAUCAAAAAUGAAAAAACUGGAGGAUCAGGGCGAGGCUGCAACUAAAGCCCAAACUUUAGCUCUUGAGAAGGCUGAAUCCGCUGAGGCCGUCAAAAAAGUUGCUGAGGCCGAGAAAAGAGAGGCCGAGGCUAAGAAGGCCCAGGCGGAAAAAGAGCUCCAGCAAGCUCUGGCCAACAAAGAGGCCGAAGUCAAAGAGGCCGACGAAAAGGCCUAUGCACAGGGUAUGGCUGAUGUCGCUGAGCACUAUAAACUCCAAGUCAGGCAGGCAUGCAACAAGGGAUUUUCCCUUGGCUGGAUGGCCCUGAUAAAGAAGCUUGAUCUUCCUGCUGACUCGCCAUUGCGCCGGGCCGACGCUAUUCCUCUACCAUUUCCCCCACCUCCACCUGAAGGCGAAUCAGAGUCUGAGGCUGAUGCUGAGGAUGAAGAUAAGGAGAUCAAUGAAGAAGCCUUGGUGAGAAAACCCAAGGAUGCCGACGAAGCCAAGUCCCCUCCUCCACCUGAACAGGUUAUGGGCUUAACCUUGGAUGAGGAGGGUGAUGAGGCUGAAGAGGCAGCCAAGGAAAUUGUCAUUGGGCAGCUAUCGUCCGAUCUUCUCUUGGCAGAAAGAAGUGUUGAGAAUACAUUAGCAGAGAUUGAUGCCGAGAUACAAGCGGAAAAAGUGGCCGACGAGAUUCCACCAGAGUCGUCCGAGGUCCCAGUCCCUGCAGCUGCUAAUACUGAAGAGUCUUGA